AUGUCGAACGGAGUGGCGCCGAAUGGUUCCGCCCACACCGCUGGCGGCAGUGUUCCUGUCCCUGGCGUCGGCGUCGGCGCUGGUGAUGCUUCAGCCAUCGGUGUUCAGCCUCCGAGUCUUCCCGAGGACGAUGAUGCCGACUACAACUGGGACGAGGUAGAGGAAAAUUGGCUACAGCAGAUUGCGGAAGCCCGCGCCAAAGAAGACCGCGAGAUGGUCGAGGAGUACAAUGAAGAGGAGGAGCUUCUUCGCACCGAGCUAGAUGACGCCGUAUGCGAGCAUAAUAGGCUCACAGAGACACUGCUGCAAGCUCGUGUGCUCGUCGACGAAAAGAAGGCCGAUCUUGAGUGGCUCGUGGCCGAGUUCAGAAAACGCCGAAAGGCCAUUGAAGAUCGCCGCGCCGCCGAUGACUUCCGCGUCCGGGCAUGGAUCACGAAAGGGCGGCGCUUUAUGGACGCUCGCCAGCGCCAGACCAUGGGCAAUGUGACAGCCAUGCACAUUGACAGCCAAGGAUCGGCAAUGAACUGGGACAGAGACAACAGCCUGUCGCUCUUGACAGACUCCGGCAGCCACCCAGCCGACCAGUUUACCAGGGCUUCUGUCCCACUCCACAAUAGCGCCAAUGGCACCACUAAUGGCGAUCUCCACGGUCACAGCCAGACAAGCCCCUCGCCGCAUGGAGCAGCACCCCCUCCAACUGUGCCGACCGAUCAUCACAGCGCUCCCGAAUACCUUCCUAACGCUGACGGGUCGGUGUCCGUGGUCAACACGUCGGGCGACUGCGUUGGCAAGGUCAUACCCAUCCGCCCCGAGAACCACUGGGUACAGGCCCUGCUCGAGAGACCAGUGCGGCGUGCUGUUGAAAUUCGACUAGGUCGCAAGUUUAAGCAGAGUCACUUGGAUGCUAUCUAUGAGGGCCACGACCAGAAGAGAUCCAAGUGGCUGAGCUUUAUGAUUCAGGCAACCGGUGAGAUCCAGGAUCGGGCCUGCCAGACGUGCGCAAAGGGCCAAGGACUCUUCUCCCUUUGCAUUAUCGUUGGUGGCACAGACUUCCCUCGUUGUGGCAAUUGCGAAUGGAACAAGCAGGGCUGUCACGGUGCCUCUGUCCGGGCCGCCAACCGAGUACCACUCCCCACUGCGGCACCCAAAGCGGCAUCGAAGCAGCACCAGCCGCCUCUCAGUGGCUCAGCUGGAACACCUACCAAGCAACCAGCCAAUGAUUCUUUCAGCCAAGGCUCUCCCAUGGCUAUGGACAACCCGGAUUCUAGGCCUUCCAGUUCAAGCAAGCGCGGGCGAACCAGCCUUCCUCACUACCAGUCGCCAGACGCCUCGCAACAUUUUGAGUCAUUCAUGGUCAGGGAACUCUCCCCACCCGGGAAUGCAUCAGACGAAAUCACGGCCGAUAUGAUUGCGCUGCGCGAUGACGGCAUGAUUUUCCUGGAGCCCGAGUUGAUGCAUGGCGUUCCUCUCCGCAAGAUCUCGCCUGACCAUGCCUACUGGGAACGAGGAUGGAAGCCGUUUGAGGGUGCCAUCCAAAGUAAGCUCGAGGAAUGGACGGACAAGCUUGCCAAGCUCAAAGCUCUCCCGGAUUCUUCCUUGACCGACAAGGAGCGGACAGCGGUCUUCCAAGCUGGCCGUCAGGUGAACCGAGGCAAGGCCACAACACGGUAUCUCGCCACGUGCGAUUUCCAUCCGUACCAGCUCGUCAGUAAGAAGUGGAUCACGCCGUCGUUAACUCAUUAUGACACGUUGUUCCGCAUGGUUGCAACGCUUGACGAGCUAGCCAAGUUUCGCUUGGAUGUGACCCCUUUGCAGUGGCUCCGACAGCGCCUGUACGAGAUCUACCUGGAGAAAAAGGGCAACUUCAAGCUCGACCGUGCCAUUGCUAAACUCUACCACGACCCUAAGCUGGCUCACCUGCGCUCAAAAAACGGGUUUGGCAACAUUGGCCGUCCGUCAGCUGCGUCGAAGCCUCGCGCCACUGAUGGCGGCACUAAACCGGGCAGCGCCGAUGGCAGCCCUGACAAGAAGCCAACGGGCGAGAAGCGCACAGAGCCGCCACUGGGUGACACCAACAACCCUACGCCGUCCAAGCGCGUCCAUUUGGAUUCUGAAAAGCGCGCAGGCAAAGACAGCACCGCACAGAGGACAAAGAAAAAGCAAUCGGCACGCUCUCUAGGCAUGGCGAAGCCUGGUACGGCCACGCCCACGGCCAACCCACGUGUCCGGAAGCCACCUUCGUCAAAGACGCGCGACGACAAGGCUCCAGCGUCUACCGCAGGAUCUGUCUCAACGUCGACCGCUCCUAGCCGGGCAGCCUCGCAUGCUACUGACGCCGUGCCCGUGUCCACCGAGGACGAGGACCUGGAGUACUCUGGCUAUACGACGACAGACUCCUUGACCCAUGAUAUGGUGGUCAAGAAAGACUGGCGCGUGUAUCAGGUCAAGACGAAGGAUCUUGCCACGAACCCGCAGACGACGCAGUACUGGCACUGGGUGGAUAGGGAACAAGCCUACAAGUCAGGACCUGACGGUCGUCGCGACUUUGAUCCUAUGUUUGAGCACCAGGUUCUAAAAGAGACAGAACCGACUAUUGGCUGGGGUGUCUUUGCUGACCCCGUCGAUUUCCAUCUGCGCCUGCGGGAACUAACCGAAGUGUCGUUUGCGCCCGACUCCGACAUCAUUGUUAUUGGCACUCGAGAGGUUAAGGGCAUCGAAGGCCGAGGCAAUGUUCUGGCACAAUUCAAACGAGAGCGCACCAAACGCCGAUUUCUUGCUUUCCUGAAGAAAAAAGGCGUUCCUUUGCGGAAGACGGAUCGGCACGAAAUCGAGACCGAGUGGGACGGAAUUCAGGCAGAGGUAAUGGCGGGCAACGAGUCCGAUUAA